AUGGAACUGGAGGGUUCAGACGACUCGAGGGGAUCAACUGCUGAGGCUGAGAUUCCAGCUCCUCAACAAAAGAGGGGGGGUGGCCGGAAGCCCCUAUCUGCCGAGGAACGCAAAAAACGCAAUCGUCAGGUACAGGCUGCUUUCAAAAAACGUCGGACAGAGUACAUAAAACAACUUGAGGAAACCAUUCGAGUUCAUGAAACCAGCCUUCAUAAUUUACAAACUGCCCAUCGGGGUGUUAUGGAUGAAUGCCUCAUAUUGAGAUACAAGAUGUCUCUCCUCGAAAGGAUCCUGUUGGAGAAAGGUAUCGAUGUCCAAGCUGAAUUGCAACGAAAAACCGGUCCACGAGUUGACAUGGCACAUAUGCCAGCAUUACAAACGCCAACGUCAAGCGCCAUCGUCAAGAUAGAUCCAGAGUCGCCUCAAUCGCGGCCAACGUCAUCCCCCCACACCUCGCCGGCAAUGCCGGGUACUGUAGGCUUCAGUGAUCCUAUGGUGGAAUCGCCUACUGCUUCAAAAUUUCCAGGAAGCCCCAUACUUUGCACUGGUGGAGAAGUGGGGAAAGAAAAGGGAACUGGUGAUACAAAUGCCAUACCUAUAGCUGCCGAAGACUCUCUUCGGAGUCAUUUUAAUCAAUUGGAACUAGAGUAUAAUGAAGGAGCCGACAUGGUCGACAAUGAAGAACUAUCCGAAUCGUAUAGCCUAGGCCCUUACCCUGGACCCCUUUCAAUAACAUGCCUGCAGCAAGAAACCCCUAACCUGCAGCAACCGUUUAUUCUACAGAGCCAAGGUUCGCAGAUGGAUGGCAACUCCCUAGGCAGCUCUGUGAGCCUAUCUCUGGAACUGUAUGAUCCGAUGCCGGACGUGGUUUGGCCUCUCAGCCAGCAUGCAGCUCCCGAUGCCAUUUUCCUAUGA